AGAGUCUGUCCUUUCAAAACGCAGGCUCUCAUUUUCUCGCGCCCCAAACGCCGCCACAUUACCUCCGGUUUCCUCCCUUAAUAACUAACACACGCACACACAGUCAUUCCAUUUCCGACUGAAGAAUCGAAACGCAGACCGAAAUCAAGAUCUGCAAAUGGCGAUCUCCGACCAUUCCCGCCUGAUCCCAACCUUCCUCUACUCCUCCCCCUACACCACCAAUCGGCUCUUCGAUUUGGACGCCCUGGCGGACGCCAACUAUCACCCGCUGCAUGCUUCACCGUCGCCAUCGAAAUCGUCCGGAUGUGGUGAUGCGGCGAGGACGAAGUUUGUGAUUCCGACACCGAACGAGAAUAUCGAGUUGUACUCGCCGGCUUAUUACGCCGCGUGUACGGUCGGCGGGAUACUGAGCUGUGGCCUCACUCACAUGGCAGUCACUCCGCUCGACCUCGUCAAGUGUAAUAUGCAGAUUGAUCCAACAAAAUACAAGAGCACCACAUCUGGGUUUAAAGUUCUGCUGAGAGAGCAGGGUGUUAAAGGGUUUUUCAAAGGUUGGGUGCCAACCUUGCUUGGGUACAGUGCUCAGGGUGCCUGCAAAUUUGGCUUUUACGAGUUCUUCAAGAAGUACUAUUCAGACAUUGCUGGGCCUGAGUUUGCAGCCAAGUAUAAAACCUUAAUCUAUCUUGCUGGCUCAGCAUCCGCUGAACUCAUUGCUGAUAUUGCUCUCUGCCCCAUGGAGGCAGUCAAAGUCCGAAUUCAAACUCAGCCUGGGUUUGCACGGGGUUUGGGAGAUGGGUUUCCAAAGUUUGUGAAGUCUGAAGGUGCUCUAGGGUUGUACAAGGGACUUGUUCCUCUCUGGGGACGGCAGAUUCCAUAUACAAUGAUGAAAUUUGCAUCUUUUGAAACUAUUGUGGAGCUUAUCUACAAGCAUGUUAUCCCCACUCCAAAAGAAAACUGCAGUAAAGCAUUGCAGCUUGGGGUGAGCUUUGCUGGUGGAUAUAUAGCUGGUGUUUUCUGCGCUGUGGUAUCACACCCGGCAGACAACCUGGUGUCUUUCCUCAACAAUGCCAAGGGAGCUACUGUUGGUGAUGCAGUCAACAAGCUAGGAUUAUGGGGUCUUUUCACCCGAGGUCUUCCCCUACGAAUUCUCAUGAUUGGAACCCUUACGGGUGCACAAUGGGGCAUCUAUGAUGCUUUUAAAGUCUCUGUUGGGCUGCCAACCACUGGUGGUGUUACUCCGAUACCUACCACUUCUGUUUCUAAGGAAUAAAUAUUCAAGCUGAUGAUGGCGAAACACAAUGCACAUGCUUCUUGUUGCCUCUGAAAGAGGAAAAACAGGUUGAAGUCUGCCAAAACAGUACACCUCACCUACCUUGGACACUGUCUUAGAUAGUGAAUUUUGCAUUGAUACUUGUUCUAGCUGGUUUGGUUGAUUUGUGAGGAUGGUUUCACGUCUACUUAUUCUUAUUUACAUUGAUUGAAUCUCUAGUUUCCCAUGUAUAGAAACGUUAUUAAACAUCCUAUCCAUAU